AUGGUAGCGUGUAAAAACCGUGUCGAUGGGGGUUUCGGCCCAUAUACCUCUCCUCCCUUACCUCAUACAUUAACAACAUGUUUCGACGAUGUUCUUUUAGAACCUCUAGGAGGAUGGCUUUUCCUCUUGUUCUUUGUCGUUUCUUCCAUCACCAUGAAAAGGGUUAGAAAGAGACAAUUAGAUAGACUUGAAAAUCCAAUCCCAUUGAUCGAUUCUCACCCCAACCAAUCCAAACCUUCUUUAACCCAUCGUAUAUUCCUCUCUCAGGGUGGAACUUACCCACGUACCCGUAUAUUUCUACUUUACUUAACAACCUUCAUCCUCAUAGCUCUUUUAGCAAUGCACGCACUUGAAAUCGCUCGAUUAUCCACCAAUCACAAUGGUGUAGGAUCUUUACCUUCUCUUUUCUUUCCUUUAUUGGUCGUUUUAGGUAGUUUAUACUUACCGUUCCAUGCGUGGGGUAUGACUACCAGAAAUAAAGUUAGAUUACAUGGAGUUAUCUGGAUUUUAGGUACGGUGGUAUGGGCCGUUUGGAUGUGUAUCACUGUUGGUGUUAAAUUAUGGAGUUAUAGUGUUGUUAAGAGGUUUUUAGGGACAGAAGGUUAUGAUGGGAUAGAUAGUCAGUAUAAAUAUUCAGAUCGGUUGAUUGAUAAUAUCGUGAUUAUUUGUCUUUAUUGGAGUUUCAUCCUAGUUUAUCCCCGUUUGAUUUAUCUGGAAUAUAACAAGCUCAAUUGGCCUGCUUUUGCUUAA